GAAACUAAUACAAUGGUAUAAUAUUAAAUAAAUAAAGCGUUUAGGUUUUAAAUAAUACGUCAUGCAACUCUAAUCAUUACCUUCAGAAAAGUCGACGAAUACGAUUCAGUGAUUUUUAAAAAAACUGCAACAAUUAAAAUGAAGCUAUAUUUUUUGACGUGUCUACUGAUGCAAAUUAGUAUUUCUAUAGUAUUUGCUCUUGAUGAUCGAGUUAUUUGGCCUAAAUUUGAUGAUAGUUCAACUGAAUCCAGUUCUACAUUUGAGGAUAACAAACAGAAGGAAACUAAUGAUCAAGUUAAUUGGCCUAAAUUUGAUGAUAGUUCAACUCAAUCCAGUUCUACAGUUGAGGUUAACAAGCAGAAUGCAAUUAAGACUAAUGAUGAUCGAGUUAUUUGGCCUAAAUUUGAUGAUAGUUCAGUUCGAUCCACUUCUACAAUAAGGGAUAACAAACAAAAUGAAAUUAAGACUAAUGAGAAAGAGAAACGAAUUACAGAUUUAAUCAAUUCAAUAUUUUCUCCAACAGAUGAUUCAGAAGAUUACAAACAAAGGAUAUGGAAAAGAAAUGAUCUGAAGAAUAAGACAUUGGAGAAUUCAAAUAAAUAAAAAUUCAAUAUAUAAUACAAAUCAUUAAAAAUGUAAAAUAGAACGAAUAUAAAUAUGAUGCCAAAUGACAAUUCGGUGUAUUGAUUAUUAAAAAUUGUUUCCAAUCCAAUAAGAUUUUUUGAUUAAAAUCCUAACAAAUCCUGUAUUGAAAAAUGACUGAAAGUUCUUUCACAUUGUAUCCAAUAAUUUGAAGGAAAUUUGAACGCGUUGUGGUCGAGAUUUUCGUUCAAUGAGCGUUUUCGGUCUUUGAGCCUAACAUAUAUAUAUAUAUAAUUAAAAUUAAGAAUAAAAAAAAACUUCUUCUUCAGAUUUGUCUUCUUCUGUUCUUUAUAUGUAAUAAACAAAAAUUGUUUUUCGUA